UAUCCUCCCACUGAUAUCUUCUACAUCUACAGAAUACAUUCUUCUAUUCUGAACAGAAACUUAGAGGCAUGGUAUUCUUGCAUAAUUUCCAUCCUUAAAGAGUUGGAAAAAAAAUAAAAAAGGAUUUGGACAGCUGUUAAAUCCCCAUGCCCACUGGUGCGGGUGAGAGGCUUGGUAAGAGCCGGUGGGAGGAGGCUGGAGAAGUUAGUGGCCAUUUGCUCAGCAGUAGGCUGCGCGUGUCACAAAAUGCAACUUUCCCUGUCUCUCUGUCUCCUGCCAGGCAGAGCUAUUAAAGCUAUUUUGAAAGUGACCCUUCAGCUUAAGAACGUUCAGAAAGAGAGAGGGGAGAGAGGAGGUAGCAGCUGUUUGGAACCAUGACUGAAGAUGACGGAUUCGAUUGUGGUGGAGGGUCAAGUCAGAUUGAGAGAUGGAAAAAAGUGGAAGAAUAGGUGGGUGCUGCUGCGGAAACCUUCCCCUGUGGCAGAUUGCUUGCUAAUGUUGGUGUAUAAAGACAAGUCAGACAGGACGAAGGGACAUAAAGAGAAGACUAGUGUCACGUUGGAGGACAUCUGUGGCUUGGAUUCAGGGAUCUCGUAUGAGGGCGUGAACCACACUCUGGCCAUCAUCUGUUUCUCACAAGCUGUGAUGUUGGGGUUCGACAAUAAAGAAAUUAUGAAUGCUUGGGAUGUGCGCAUACGUUACAGUUUAGGUGAAGUUCACAGAUUUCAUGUUGGAGUAUUGCCGGGCACCAAGCUAGAAAGUGGACCUGCGACACUGCACCUGUGCAACGACAUCUUAGUUCUCGCUAGAGAUCUACCACCAGUUGUCAUAGGACAGUGGAAGUUGUCAGACUUGAGACGGUAUGGAGCGGUGGCCAAUGGCUUUGUCUUUGAGGGAGGAACACGUUGCGGAUACUGGGCCGGAGUGUUUUUCCUCUCCUGUACGGAAGGAGAUCAGAUCAGUUUCCUAUUUGACUGUAUCGUUCGUGGCAUCUCUCCAACGAAAGGUCCAUUCGGGCUGCGCCCGGUGCUGCCAGAUCCAAAUUUAAACCCCGCUUAUAUGGAAGAAAGGGUGGCACAUGAGACCCUACAGCUGGAGAAACGACUCAGCCUGCUCUCUCAUCUUAGCCUAGGAGGGGAUGACAAAAGUUUGUCCAGUUCCUCUUCAGACACCAGCCAUUCAGAUGCCAGUGCCGGAAGCCGGUUGACCAUCUGGGCAGAUCCUUCCUCGGCCAGCACUUCUGCCGAAAGUCAUGGUAUGGCAGCAGCAAAGGCCAUUCAUCUUGGAGAAGAUAAAGCUUAUGCUGAAGCCCUUCGUGCAUCCAAGCCACCUCCGAAGCCAGCACCGUCUAGACACCUUCAGGAGAUAGGGCGUCAAAGUUCUUCUGACAGUGGGAUAGCUACGGGCAGUCACUCUUCUUAUUCUGGAAGCUUUUCUUCCUAUGCUGAGAGUCUGGACAUUUGUCAUGGUGAGGAGUUUGGCUCAUUGAUUAGCUUACCAUUGGCUAUGGCCACCGAUCAAAAUCUAUGUACAUGUCAACAUCCGGAUCCGCAGAGAGGGUCUGAAUAUCAGAUUCCUGCCUCUGUGAGACAUCUAUAUGACACACCUCGAAGUGUUUUACAGGCAGCUGCUAGAGAACCUCAACACAAGACUUCAGAUUCCACAUUACCUAAGGACCAUGCACAAGGAACUCAAAGCACCAGUGAUACUAAGCUGCUGCUGCCCCAUGCUGACUCAAAAACUGCAUCAUUACUCCAAGAAAGCAAAGACUCAGGUGAUGAGACAUAUCUAGACUUUGUUCCAAAGUGGACAGCUCCAAAGGGGCAACCACAGGGGAUGGAACCUAAAGGAAGUGACUUGGCAGCUGCAGGAACAAGUGAGACUUGUGAAAUCUGCAGCCCGCAGCCUGGCAUUACCAGAGCCCUUUUUUCCGCUUGCCCAGUAUGUGGGGGGCUAAAGGGAGCUACAGCCCUUCAUCCAGGAGUUUUAUCGACGACACCCCUACAAGGUGCCACCUCAGCACUGGCAUCAACAGGAGCACAUAAACCUCACAAAGUCCCACCAAUGUUACUUGUCACUGCAGGGGCAGGAGGUUAUCCAGCCGAGCCACUGGUUUCUGACCGACCUCGCAGUGAGACAGCAACUUAUGUAAAUAUUCCUAUCAGCCCUACAUCAAAGAAACAGCUCCAUUACAUGGCAUUAGAACUUCAAGAUCCUAGUACAGGAAUAAGAGGAGGAGGCGCCACCAGAUACGCUCAGAUAGACAUUGCUGCAACAGAGACGGCACACAAAGUGGGGUCCCAGCACGCUCAGUCCAGAGAAGAACGUUUACAAGAGCUGGAGCAGAAAAGGAAAGGAAAUCAGCAAUGAUGGAUCUAGGUGUGUGGUAGAAGGGCUGGCGGUCCUUGGCGGAAACUUUUUUAAAAAAAGGAGACUCAUUAGGGUCUACUGGCCUCGAUGAACUACUGGAACUUUUUGAGUCGGAAGGUCGGCCGAGUGUGGCUUUUUGAAAGAAUGGAAUUACGUGUUGCUCGAUGGCACAGGGGUCAUCCAAAACUGAUAUUCCCUCUUGGAGACAUUAAAGUCUGAAGUGUCUGGUCACAGCAAGUGCCCUUUCAAUCUUGAGGUGGAAUGAAACAAAAAAAAUCUAUAAGUACUUGUAUAUUCAAAUUUUUCUUUCUUGAAAAUGUCAUCUAGUUUUGUAUGUGUAGAAAAUCUAGGUAUUUAUUCGUUCCCACCGCCAUGUAUUAUUAUUAUUUAAUUUUAUUUGCAUUUCAUUUUAUACAUUAUUGGGUAAUUAUAUCUUAUCGGUUGUCUGUAACAUACCUCCUCAGUUUUAUUGUCUUACACAUAGGACUUUUUUUUAAGCAGAACACAAGUGACUUUGGUUUUGCUGUAUUUAAUGAAGGAAAAUUCCAGUCAAAUAAAUUGGCUUUUACAUUGGGUUUGGACAUUGUAAAGGCUUUGUACUCCCUGUAUUCACUGUUAUAGUAUGGUUUCUACAUUGUAGCAGCUUGUGGCUGUGGCCUCAUUAAUACAGCUGUAGUACGGUACCCACAGAAUUUUACAGUACCUAUACUUGAAGCUCCUUUGCCCCAAUGCAAAAUCUGUAACACCUACUAUGUGUGUAGUUGCUAAAAGUUUUCAGUUUUAAAAAGGUGGGGUUUAUCAGGGCGUUUUAGGCAAUUUUUCCCCAUAUAUUCCCUAUAUAUUGCCCUCACUAAAGGUACAUUAUAGUGAUGACAUUAUGUGGGUGGGUAUUGCCCACAGCAGUGAUCUCAGAGUUCAUUUGCUGGUGAAAUUUAGUAUAGACCAGCAUUUUACGGUGAUAUAUGAUAUCCCUUGCACUGCCGCAGGUCUCGUCAUAAAUUAGACGCAACCUCUUGCAGUCCGUGCACCUAAACUAAAAUAUCUUGGAGUUCUGUCUUCUUUUACAGUAGAAAACUGGUUUGAGACUAUUCUACGCCGAAAAACUGGAGUGGAGGGAAUGAUGAAUUUCCUCAACAAUGUUUAUAAAAGCUAGAUAGCCCUUUUAUUUCACACCAGGCCCCAAAAUCUUUCCUAAUUCAGACCCGAGACCAGGCACCAUAAGCGAGACCCUAUACCAGACCACAAAAUUUAAACUCCAGACCAAAUUGCAUAAUUCAGACCUCAGACU